AUGCAGAUCAUCGACCUCACCAAAGGCUCCCAAACUAUUGAUGAAUUCCUUCACCUGGCAAAGUCCCUCUCUAACUCUCUUGCUUCCAUUAGUGCUCCUAUAAGCAACAAAGAUCUUGUCUUGGCUGUCCUUCGUGGUCUUGGUGCUGACUACAUGAUGUUACGUACAACUAUCCUCAACACGCCACCACUCCCAGAUUUUUUGGAACUCAGGUCACGUAUUCUUACCUUUGAGUCCACCAACCAGUGCCCUUCUAUGACUCCAUCCUCUGACCAAGCCUUAUUGGUCACUCAUCGAGCAAAUCAUUCUGGUCGCUGGGGUCGACGUAAUGGUUAUGGGGGUGGCUACAACCACCAACAGCAAUUGUCUCAUACACCACCAUCUUGGAACCAAUAUCCAAAUCAGCAGUCUGGAAAUUGGAGAGAAACUCGGCCCAAUUCUACCCCGGGCAUCCUUGGUCCUCCUUGGUGUCCCACGUGCAAUACCAAUCAACACUCUCAAGCUCAAUGCCCUCACCGUUAUCAUGGACCAAAUACCUUUUCUCCAUUUGCUGGUUACAUGCAAUCUGACCUAACCUGGUAUACUAACACCGGUGCCACCAAUCAUAUGACAAGCUAG